AUGCAUAAGGGAAACAUCAGCUCAGUGACCGAAUUUCUCUUGCUAGGUUUUUCUGAACUUGGGAAGAACCCAACUGUGCUUUUCCUGAUUUUUUCUCUUGGGUAUGGCACAAUCCUGGUCUUCAACAUCACCAUCAUGUCAGUCAUAUUGACUGACCGGACCCUACACAGCCCUAUGUAUUUUCUGCUGUUUGCAUUCUCAGUCUCAGAAACCAGCACCACAUUUGUUACCAUCCCCAAGCUCCUAGUGACUCUGCUGACAGGACAUCAGUCCAUUUCCUUUACUGAGUGUGCUUUGCAGGUAUUUUGGUUCUUUGGCCUGGGGGCAAACAACUGUUUUCUGCUAGUAGCUAUGGCAUAUGAUCGAUACGUGGCAAUAUGCUACCCACUUCAAUACCAGGUCCUGAUGAACAAUAAGACAUGUGCUAAACUAGUAGUUGCAUCCUCUAUGACAGGAUUUCUCAUAUCACUGAGCAUUGAUGCCCUAAUCUUCAGGUUACCCUUCUGUGGACCCAAUGGAAUCAGACAUUUCUUCUGUGAUCUCUCACCUGUUUUGAGACUAGCUUGUACUGACAUCUACCUAACAAGUGUUGUGAUUGUUUUUUUCUGUGCCAUUGUUUUAUUGGCAACUGUCAUACUGAUCCUGAUCUCAUAUAUCUACAUCCUCUCUGCCAUCCUAAAGAUCCAGUCCAGCAUGGGCAGACAGAAAGCCUUUUCUACCUGUGCCUCCCACCUCACUGUGGUGAUAACACAUUUUGGGUGUGCUUCUUUUGUGUAUUUGAGACCUAAGUCUGUGUCUUCAUUAGAUCAGGACACAAUUAUCUCGGUGGGUUAUGUCUUUCUAACUCCUCUAUUGAACCCUAUGAUCUAUACCUUAAGAAACAAGGAAGUCAAAUUUGCCAUUAAAAAACUGCUUGGUUUGCCUACCGCCCAGAAGCUGGCACGCAUGUUUGUUACACACGUGAUGAAAUAUCAUUCCUUUCCACGCAAGAUAAUUUCUGACAGAGGUUUCAGUCCGUUCCGGGUGGUCAAUGGCAGGGACUUUGGUCCUUUUGGAAAUACUGCCCUUUCCCAAUACAUGGGAGGUACUGCUGAUGUUGAUGAGUGGAUUCAGAUUGUUCAGACUACAUGGCCCUGGCUCCAGAAAAACUUGGACCAUGCCAAACACAAAUAUAAGGAGCAAGCAGAUAAACAUCGUUCCCCGGGGUGGGAGUUAAAGAUGGGGGAUCAGGUGUAUCUGUCCACUAAGAAUCUACGGACCUUGCGUCCAUGCAGAAAGCUCAGCGAUAAGUAUGUGGGUCCUUACCCCAUCACCAGGGUUAUUAAUGAGGUGACUGUGGAACUAGCUCUUCCCAAGGCGCUUCGAAGAGUUCACCAUGUGUUCCACAUCAGCUUGCUCAAACCGUAUACCGCAGCCCCUCACUUCCACCUGGAGCCCAAGCCGGAGGUACCCACUGUGGUGGGAGGGGAAGUGCACCUGGAAGUCUCUAAGAUUCUGGAUUCUAAACUGAAGAAGGGGAAGUUGUUCUAUUUGGUCCGGUGGAAGGGGCAAAACGAUUUGUUGUCUCAACAUUAUAAACACAACUUCUACUCCCCCUAUCAGGGGAGAAAAAGAAAUCGUCAAGUUUAG